AUGGAUUUAGUCAGGGGUUUCUGGAGGAAGCACAGAAGGAAGAUUUUGGUGACGACGACUUGUUUGGGAAGUGGGUAUUUGCUCUACAAACUAUACAAUGCCCACACUCGUAAGCUCGCCGACUUGGAACGAGAGCUUGCCAACGAGCUUGAAAAUGACGAAAUCAUCAAAACCCAAAUGAAGGCGCAUUUCGAGAACAUUCAGAUGAUUGCUGAUUCGACAACAUUGCCUCACGCAAUGCGUCACCUGAGUAGCCGGAUUGUUGAGGAGAUCCCUGUUUCUAGUAUUAUGGAGAAGCUAAGCAAAGGCAAAGGAACUUUGACUCCUUCUGAGAAGCUUCAUCUCUGGAAUGAGCUCAAGAUUUUGAGUUUCACGAGGAUGGUUUUGUCGCUGUGGUCAGUCACUAUGCUUAGUUUGUACAUUAGGGUCCAAGUCAACAUUUUGGGCAGACAUUUAUAUAUCGACACAGCUAGAGGUCUUGGCAGCUCCCAUUUGCUUGAAGAGUUAGAUCUCAUAGAUAGAGAUGACGAACAAAAGUUUCUGGAAAGUGCUGAUUAUCUUGCCAGCAAUGGCAUGCCGAGUUUGAUCUCUAAUAUGCAGAGUGCAGUUAAAGAAGUCCUUAAGGGGAAGCAGUUAAAGGAUGUGUUAACCACAAAAAUUCUUCAAGAAACUGUGAUCCGGAUUCUCGAUGUGUUUAUGAGCACUGGAAGCCCACAUCACUGGAUAGAUUAUUUAAUGAUGGCCCAAGACACAACAACAAUACUUCCAAGUGACACCACAACCACCACUGAUGAUGUUUCCUCUUCAGAUGCAACUGUUAGCAAGUUUCAUCUACUCAUAACCGAGACACGAGAAGUACUCACAAGCACUGAUUUUACAAAUGUAGCAGAGAUCUCACUCAAGUCUUGUACCGUUGCCUUAGUAGAAGAGAUGGAAAAGCAGACCGGUUUGGCCACCGGCAUGCAAGUGGCGAAGCUUUUACCACAGAUGGAGAAGACAACGCCGGAGAUUUCAGCUGAACCGGAGAAGAACCGGUUCUUGCAGCUCAUCCGAGAUUUGCCUGAAGUUCAACUCUUUUUCACUCUUUUAUACUCAAAUAUGCCACUAUAA